UUCACAGCCCCAGAGACACAAACACACACACUGACACUAACACAACUCACAAACGAGCAAAGUCAACAUGGAAAUAAUAAUUACCUUGUGGAUUUGGAAUAUGCGCAGGCUUGUCACGAUCUUGGUUUUGGUAAAUGUACACCUCGCUAUAGCUGGUGCUCAUUUUUAUUAAAUUUUUUAAAAUAUAUAUUGUACUUACAUUUUCGCACUUGUUAUGUUCUGCCAAACUGUUUUCUCAUAUUUUUUUAUGUUCCUAUUCAAUGUAGUUUUAUGCUGU